AUGUCUACCUCCCUCUCUCACGCUACUAGAACUGUCCAUGCGUCUAUUGGACAGGUCUGGGGUAUCCUCGCAGCAUAUGGCUGCGAGAGCCUUUGGUUCCCGAAUGUUACCAAGUCAACCCUCGAAGGAUUCGGAGUUGGCUCAACCCGCUCUCUGUGGUUCGACAACGGACCUAAGGGGGGGGACGCUUGGGAUGACAAACCUGUCCGCGAACUACUCGUCAACGCUGAUGCGUCGAUUUAUUAUCUGCGCUGGCAAGUCUUCAACGAUAACAUGGGCGACUUCCAGUCUUUCUCGAGUAUCAAGCUUCGCCACAUUGACGACAAGACGACGGAGAUAGAUUGGUCCGGUGAAACGAAUUUUCCGGACGGACCUGACCGGGACAACCUAAAGGUUUUUAUCGAAGCCAUGUAUACCAGGGCUAUGGAAGCUGUUGCUAAGAAGCUGGAAAAGUAGAAAUCCUAAUAGCGUUAUGAGUUGAAUUGGGGGCAUACUAGCUCAGAUAGUGGCACGCUUUUCUUAGGUCG